AUGGCAGGUGGUGUGAUAGCCAGUCUUCCUAAACCAAAGCGAAUUCAUUUCAUCUUGUCCAAGGUGAUGGGAGGAACAAUGGUGUUUUGGGUUCUGUGGAGGCUAAAGCAUGACUGGCAUGAGUUAGUGGUGAGUUUCCUACAUCUUAUCUUCUUUAGUCUGUGGCACAGAUGGAACUAAAUUUCUGGUUAAGUUCAUCUGUGAAAUGGCGCCAAAAACCUUUUUCUGGGGCCCUCACGUGUGUACCAGGAUUUAAGUUCGUGCCAUGAUUGGCCUGUACGAUUGGAUAGAUGAUGAUGAUAAUUGACAUUUUGUUUGUUCACAGGGUCAUAAAUACGUUUUUGAGAUGGAAGAUGCUGAGAAAGAGAAGCAAAAGAAUAAUGCCCAUCAUUAA